CAAUGCCCCUCUCCGCGGUUCUCUAGCAAGACACCCUGAAAAUCUCCUUCAAAAUCCGUCGCGGAGGCCUCACGAAGCAAGAGCAAGAUGGGCAACGCACUUGUGGGAAAUGGAGAGAAGGCGGUGAAAGAGAUCGAGCCGAUCGUCGAGAAAUUUUACGAAAGCCAUGUCAAAGAGAGCGCUGUGGAGGACAUGAGCUUGGCGGAUUUUUACCGCGUUGUUUGCGAGACCGUGGAAGAAAUCAAUAAGAAGCUGGGGAACACGCAAUUUCGCGUGCCGAAGCUCUCCACUCUCCAGCAUGCUUAUCAGACUCACCAUCAAGGGAAAGGGAAAUCGUUGACCAAGGAAGAGUUCCAGAAGAUCCUGCAAGAGGUGAUCGUGGACACGGGAUUCACUGGCAUCGGAGCCAAGGACAUCCUCUUCUACCUCUUCGGCAUCCCGGUGACGGCGCUCUUCAUGAAGCAAAGAGUUGCGCCGAAUGCGAUUCCCAAUGAGAUCUUCAUCCCCGGAAUCACCUCCGCCACGGUCUUUCUCCUAGCCAAGUUCAACAAGAUAUGAACUGACUCAAACAUACACCAUUUACAUAAGGACUUUCUCUAGUAUGUGCUGUUUUCCCUUCAUAUACGGAUAAGGAGGAUUAUCUGCUCUUGCCUUUUGGUUGAAAUGUCAAUAUAUCAAGCCUGGUGCUGGUGUGAUGAUUCAAA